AUUCACUGAAAACAAGUUCCAGGAAAUGGUCUGGCAAAUAUUGACUGGAUUCACUGAUUUCCAAACACUGUUUUCUCAGCAAGUAGAAGAAAAUGCAGACCUGAAGUCCUGGGCAGACUCUUUGGAAUUUUCCUAAGUGGGACCCUGGGCAUGGAGUCUACUUGUCUAUGGAUGCUGGUUACCGGGAUUCUGGCUGUUGUUCACUGUCAGCCUCUACCAGACUAUGAAGAAAAUAAUGAGACAGAGAUCUACUUACAGGAUGAAAAGUAUUCAAAAACAUCCCUACCAUGCCAUAAAAUCUCCACUACCAAUACCAUCUUUGCCCUACGCUUAUACAAGGAAUUAACUUUGGCUGCCCCUGGUGAAAACAUUUUCUUCUCCCCUAUAAGUAUCUCCAUGACUCUAGCCAUGUUGUCCCUUGGGACCCAAGGUACAGUUCGGACUCAGAUCUUAGAGGGGCUGGGGUUCAACCUCACAGAAAUGCCUGAAUCUGAGAUACACAAGUGUUUCCAGCAUCUGCUCUAUAAACUAAACCUGAACAACAAAAAGCAUGAACUGAAGGUAGGAAAUUCUGUGUUCCUGGAUAGUCAGCUAAAACCUCUUCAUGAAUGGCAUGGCAUCAAGGAGUAUUAUGGUGCCACAACUUUUCCCAUCAACUUUACUAACUUUUUCUCAACUAGUAACAAAUAUAUGAGGAAACAAAUCUAUGGGGAAAUUACAGAAUUUCUUCAAGACUUCAAUCAGGACACUGUACUGAUGCUUGUGAAUUAUGUAUUUUUUAAAGCCAAAUGGAAGCCUGCUUUCAAGCACUCCUGGAUUCAGAAGCAUCUGAGUUCUUCUGUGGAUGAGGUCAUAAAACUCUCUAUGAUGCACCAAAAGGCACAGCACCGGUUUUUGUAUGAUAAGGAGUUGGCCUGCAUUGUACUACAGAUGGGAUACAUUGAGAAUGUCCUCAUCCUUCUCAUUCUGCCAGAUGAAGGGAAAAUGAGGCAAGUGGAAGAUUCUCUGAAGCCAGAAACCCUGAAGAAAUGGAACAAAUUACUGUUUCCCAGUCUGCUAAAUUUACAUUUGCCAAAGUUUUCGAUUUCUGAGGCAUAUAACCUGGAAGAAAUACUUCCCAAAAUGGGUUUUUCCAGCAUAUUCGCUCCAGAAGUCAAUCUAUCCCAUACCAGUGCACAACCACAUCUGAGGAUCUCAAAGUUGCUGCACCGAGUUACGGUGGAAAUGAAUGAGAAAGGCACCAAGGCUGUGGCUACCUCCACCUUUCUAUCCCAGUCUGAGACUCUGAACCAAGCACGUCCACUGACUAUUAAUAUCAACAGGCCUUUCCUACUGGUGAUAUGGGAUGAGUGUAUCCAGAGUUUGUUUUUCCUUGGAAAAAUCAUAUCCCUAACUGCAAAUUAAUUUUGCAUGGAAGGCAUCCUGAAAUCUUGGAAACUAUGCCAACUGGAAUGCAAUAUUUUAACCUACCUGAGAAGAUUAAGAGUAGAAUCCAGUUAUAGACUGUCUAUAAGAAGCAAUCAAGUGAUCAAAAAUAAUUAUUAAGUUCCUAUUACCUCCAAGCACUGUGUUUAGCAAUGGGUGUACAAAUACAAGUAAAGACAAAAUUGCUACCCUCAAAGAUAUUGUAUUGUAUUAGAUGAGAAAACACUGAUACAAAUAAAUACAGAAUAAAUACAAAGAGA